AUGUUGUGUUCAGUUCGUCGUAUUUGACAAUGAUGUGCACAUGUGUGCAGGAGGGGCUGUAUGUGUGUAUGCAUAGUGGAAAACGGUGAAUAAGGCGAUUCAAAUAAUGGAGAAUAACAAACAAGGAGAGAGUGAAGGAAAUGCAGAAAGAAAAAAAAAAAAGAACGAUCAUAGAGAUAAAAAUAGAACCAAAACAAAAAACAACAACAAGAGAGACAACAAUCCAAAUAAAAACAGCAUAAAUAUCUUUCCCCAGAAUAGAUAAACAUUAAUACUGUAUCGCUACAUGCUUUAAAAAAUGAUGUCGACGAAAAAAAACAAAAGAUUUAUAACUCUCCUCUUAGUGGCUGCCUCUUUCUGUCUGCUUUUUUGGCGAAAAAGACAGCCGAUCAACCAGGUCAAGACUUUAUCCUUUAAAUCCUCCGCCUUCGCAAGAUCUCCCGUGACCUCUGACCUAGCCUCCAAACGGGUCAAUCCAGGUUGGGUUAAGGUCGCUGUAGAUCGCGAGAGAGACGGGGAAGAGGGAGCGGAUUCUGUGUCGGUGGAGAACAAUGCCACAUGUCGCCAGAUGGAUUUCCAUGCCAGUUACGGAGCCUUCAGUUUCAUGAACACGUCGACGACUCGAUGUUCUUAUAUUCUCGCACUGAAGCAACUCACUUCAAAACCCAACAUGAAAAACACAUGGACCUGCACUGACUUGAAGACAACAUACAACCGGAACUGUCUGGCGUAUGCAUUUGGAAUUAAUCAUGAUAAGACACUCGUUGAUGAGAUAGACAGAGUGGUUGGGUGUAAGGUCUUCUCCUCCAACACGGUCCUGCCCAGUGAUAGCGAAGACGUGGAUCUCUACAACAUCGGCUUUUCCGAAAUAAGGAAUAGGAGAGAAACGACCGAUCCUUACAUUAAAAUUUUCCGCAAAUUGGGGCACGCUGACAUCAUCGCCGAUUUACAGCAGAUGGCCGAGUUAAAGGAAGGACCCGCCGAGAACAAGCCAAAGCAAAUGGUCAUUGUGAAGCUCCUGGAGUGCCACCUCCUGCAACCAAUGGCCAAGAUAGACACAGAUUCUCAGCCGAAAAUUGUUAUUAUUAGCUGGAUGAACACAGAGGAGAAGGGGGAGGAAAAAAAGGAGGAAGGAGGGAAGACGAGGAGGAAGUAAGGGGCAAGGAAGAUGAGAGGCAGAUAGAAAAAAGAAUUGAUGGAUUGGUAGAAUAACAGAUAGAUAAGUCGGUAGGUAGGUAAUUGGAUAGGUAAACAGACAGAAAGAUAGAUAUAUAGAUACACAGACAGAAGGAGAGAGAUAUAUUGAUAGACAGGUAGGCAUGGUUUACUAAUCAACAUUUUACAAAAAAAAAACAAUCAGCUGUAAGGAUCAGGUGAUUGUUUUUUUUUUUUUUCUUUCUUUCUUUCUUUCUUAUCAUUACUGCUGGAGCAGAACAAAAAGGUGUGUAAAAUUAAUAAAACUUUAUGUUCAAUUAUUCUAUUCGUCCAUCAGUGCAUACUUGUCGUAGAUACAGGAAGGGAUUAAUGAUUAUCACGCGAACAAGUGGACAAAGAGGAUGCCAUUUGGACGGCCAAACAGACAAGCUGGGACGAGACAUUAGAAAUAGAAUAAUAUCUCGAGGACUCAAGAAGUCGACAGGAAAGGAUGCAGUUACAAAAAAAUAGAAGCAGCGUGAACCGGUGACGAAAACAUCAUGUGACAAAGGGUGACCACGUGAUGGACCAACAGAAACAAAAAUAGAAAUCACGAAUGCGAAACAACAAGCAGUUCCAAUCGAGCGCAAUGUAGAUUAAAGUGCAUCAGUUAGGAACAAGAAAUUAAGUUGGAUGGCAGGUAGAAAAAGUGAAAAGUGAUAAACAGUGUUAUAAAUUUGCUGAGACACAGAAGAGUCCUGAUCCAUGUACCUUUCCAGCUGUAAGAAAUGGAUAAGUGGAUAAGGAUGCCCACUUCAAUAUUUAUAUUGUUACACAUUGCUAAUGUUUUCAUCUUACUGUUUUUGACCACAUUAAAUCUGCAGGGUGUACUUUCACCAAGUGAAUGUCAAUAUAGAACUUUACGCAAUGAUUGACAGUGAAGGACCAUUAGGAGAGCACAGGGGGUGGCCAAUCAGUUUACAGGGGUGGCAGUCCCCCCCCCCCUACUCCGUGCCACCAUGGAAGCCCCACCUCUGACCGGAUGAGUAUCCAUGUUCCUUUUGGUGGCUCAUCCCGGUUUAGUGUACUAUCGUGAUGGAACAUAGUGAACAGGAAUUAGAAAUGGGAAACUGUAACAAGGGUAGAGUUAUUCUGGAACAUUCUUAGGGUUAGGAAGUGAAGAUUUUUAUGAGCAUAUAAUGAAAUAACGAUUAUUAAACUAUUUUUUUAAUAUUGUGUUGAAUGUAUCUUUAUUAACAGUUGAUGGAAAUAGAUUGGUUAGCUUGUAACUACUCCAAUAACUAAGUGUUUUCUAAGAUGGAUAGCUCAGCAGAAGUGUGCAGGCAGUGACGUCAUGUUGUCCGACAGAGCUUAAGAUUGAUUUUUUGUCUAUCAAGUAUUUGAUUUUUUCAAUGUAAUAAUGUAGAAAUACAACUUAGUUUGUGCUUAUCAAAAUUAACUAUCUAUCUAUUCUUUUAGAAUAAUAUUCAAUGCACAGAGCAUGUCUAUUUAAUUUAAGUAUCUGCUUCUCUUGUGACCAUUAUUCCUUUCUGUAAUAUCUAAUUAAUUUAUUAAUCUGAGAUAUUAAGUAAUCAAUUGCUUUCAUAAUUAUUGCUAUUUCGUUUGAUAAUAAUUGGCUUAUUAAGAUAUAGUGUAAUUUUGAAUAUUGAUUUUGUUUUCGUCAAGUUUCAUGACUGAUAAUUAUAUAACAAUGAGUCAUAACUGUCUAGUUGUAUGUAGAGUGUCAAGAUCCUAUAUAAGGCCUUAUAUGGUUUUUGUUUGAUACAAUAUUUGAUAUUUUGAUUUUAUUACAUUGCACUGAUAGUGAAUUGUUGACUGAUAAAUGUAUUGAUUUUCAUAAAGAUUUAACUCAAUCCUUGAAUUGCACUAAUUAAUAGAGUUAAAAUAUUGUCACUUUGAAAUACAUUGAUAGGUUAUUUAAAGUACAACAUAAUUACUUAAGAUAAUCAAACAUCCAUUAAUCUAACAUAAUAAGUCUUGAUACUGAAGAGCAUUUAACGAAAUGUGGAAUGGGAGGACACAACGUUUUGAUUUAGUCAUUGAACUUAACAUUAACGCAGUUUGGUCGUCAUUAUUACUGUUAUCUUAAAAAAUAUAUAUCACAUCAGAUCUUUUACAAGAUACAAAUCAGCUGUAACGAUCAGAUGAUUGUUUGUAGUAGUAUUUUUUAUGAAUGACAAACCUUCUUCACGAAUAUAUGUAAAAUGAAUA